GUAGGGGACUGGAGGAAAUUUCAGAAGGGAGAGAGAGAGUAUAGAGUCGGUAGUGUUUGGUGUGUCAAGCGGGAUUUUGCACUCAUUUCCAAUGGUAUUCAUCGUCCGUGGAUUGUGUGAGCCGUUUUGACUUGCAUCAUAAUCGUUCCAGUUUGAUUGUAGCAAGAAGGCUCAUCACUAGCGGCUGAAAGAGAAUUUCAGCCAUGGAUGGAACGACAAACGAGACCGGCCGGGGUGGCUCCUCUCCCAAUCUCUCCAAGCGGUCGAGCAAGAUUCUCGUCGUCCGUGUUCAGAUGCUCGAUGACACAAUCACCAUGUUUCAGAUUCAGGCCAAAGCCAUGGGCAGUGUGCUCUUUGAGCAGGUCUGUCAACAGGUGAAUCUCUUGGAGUCCGACUACUUCGGAUUGGAGUACACCAGUUCGGAGAACGUCAAAUUUUGGCUCGACUUGGAGAAGCCAAUGAAUCGACAGCUGGAAUUAUCCCUGACUGACCCGCUCCUGCGUUUUGCCGUCAAGUUUUACGCUCCAGAUCCCGCUCAGUUGGAGGAGGAAUUCACUCGCUAUCUCUUCUGUAUGCAAAUCAAACAGGAUUUGGCUCAAGGCACUUUGCAAUGCAACGACAAGACGGCAGCUCUCAUCGCAUCAUACCUGGUUCAAGCUGAAUGCGGCGAUUACGUGGCAGAGGACUAUCCCGAUCACACGUAUCUUUCGUCUUACAGAUUUGUACCGCAUCAGGAUCCGGAACUUGAAAGGCGAAUCAUGGACAACCACAAAAAGCACAUUGGACAAUCGCCAGCCGAGGCAGAUCUGAACCUUUUAGAAACGGCCAGACGAUGUGAACUCUACGGCGUCAAAAUGCAUCCGGCGAAAGAUCCUGAAGGUGUGCCAUUGAAUUUGGCAGUAGCUCACAUGGGAGUUUUAGUCUUCCAGAAUUUCGCCAAAAUCAACACAUUUUCCUGGGCGAAAGUGAGAAAGUUGUCGUUCAAAAGAAAGAAGUUCCUAAUUAAACUCCAUCCGGAAGCGCACGGAAAUUACAAAGAUGUUGUGGAGUUCUGCUUUGAAUGUAGGGACGAAUGCAAGAAUUUUUGGAAGAAAUGUGUCGAGCAUCACGGAUUUUUCCGUUGCCCGACGGCCAAAAACGAGCCGCGCCCUAAACCGGGUGUUUUAAGCCGCGGCUCGUCCUUCCGGUACACUGGACGCACACAAAAAGAGAUAAUUGAAUUCGUCCGGGAAAACUAUGUCAAACGGCAAUCUUUUCAAAGAUCCCAGUCCUUCCGGCAUACAAGCCCCCUCCAUACCAGUGGAGUGGGUACGAGCUUAUCUGUUCAUCCGCUCCUGCCCGUUGGCGACAAUGUUAUCGUGGCAAACGAUAGUAUGUCGUGUGGUUCGGUAGCCGCCAUUUCAGAUUCGCGAGCUCGAAGCAUAUCGACGCCGGAGCGGACGGAAACUGUGGAUGUGCACCGUUCGCGAGAGCCGCGAUCGAUGAGCAGCCAUCGGGAUGUUGACGUUGAAAGAGAGAUGGAAGUGGAAUCGCCCAUCACUUCCAACAACUCUGCGUCAUCUUCCAGCCCGCAUCAUCCGCCCUAUCACUAUCACCAACAGCCGUCGCAGACGCCAUCCGGGGUCUUCCACUCAUUGCCCCGGACGGCCGGUUCAUCUUCUUCAGCGCUGCCGUCGCCCUCAGCAGAUGAGGAUCUGGUUGCUGGUCAACUACGUGAAGAGGAAGAAGAAGAAGAAGAGCCCCAAGUAAAGGAAACUACCGAACCGGUUCAUCAAAGCAAAUCACCGAAUGGAGUUGCCGGGAAACUACCUUCUCCCCCUCUGUCGCCGUUGUUGGGACACUCGAUUGAAAACAAUAACAAUAUUAAUAAUAAUAUUGGAAACACAUCGGCGAAAUCCAGCAAUGGGCCUGUGGAAGGUGAAAUGCGCCGAAAGCGCCAUCCAACUGAAAAAGCCUAUUAUAUCGCCAAAGAGUUACUGAUGACUGAACGAACAUACAAGAAGGACUUGGAAGUUAUCGAUCUGUGGUUUCGUGACGAACUCAACAAGGAAGAGUAUAUGCCGGAAGAGGUGCUGACUCUUUUGUUUAAUCACGUUGAUCCACUCUAUGAACAUCACACCCUUUUGCUCAAGGAAUUGGAGCAUCGCAUGGCUGCCUGGGAAGGCCGAACGACUACAUUCACCAAAGGGGAUGUGCAUCGCAUUGGAGAUUUGUUGCUUAAAAUAACCAGUAAAUUGGAGCUUUACAAUCGCUACAUUGAAAAACACCGUCUUAUUCUGGAAAAAUUGGAGCAGUCCUUCAAGCGGAAUAAAACAUUUGAGCAGAUUUAUCGCGACUUUGAGACACGCAAAGUUUGCUACCUCCCUCUAAACACGUUCCUGUUACGACCACUACAGCGCAUCCUGCAUUAUCAACUCAUUGUCGAACGCCUUUUGAAGCACUAUGAACCAAAUCACAUUGAUUAUAAUGACUGCACGCAAUCCAGAAUGCAAAUGGAACAUAUCAUCACAAACAUCACUCACAACAUCCACGCUACAGAAAACUUUGUCAAACUGGUUGAAUUGCAACGAGACUUGGUCGGGAUUGAUAAUGUCGUUAACCCCAAUCGUCAGUUUCUCCGUGAAGGUUGCCUUCAAAAGCUCUCCCGCAAAGGAUUUCAACAGCGCAUGUUCUUUUUGUUCUCUGAUGUCCUUUUAUACACCAAUCGAACUUCUGGUCCGCAACUGCAAUUCAAAGUUCAUGGACAGCUCCCUUUGCGUGGUGUAAUGGUCGAGGAAAGCGAACCCAAGAUGGGCAAUCAAUUUUGCUUCACCAUCUAUGGAGGAAAUAGGGCCCUUUUGGUAGCUGCAAAUUCGCAAGAAGAAAAAGAUAAGUGGCUGGAAGACCUUGUUCAAGCCGUCCAGGCAGCUAGAGAACUCUCCGACGAUGCGUCCAGAAUAAAUUAUUUUUCGUUGAAAUCGUGCAGUUCUUCUGAAGAAGUGCUUGAUAAAACCGGUGCUGCCGAAGAUUCAAGUGUCGGCACCAAUGGGAAAGAGAGAACACAGCAGCAAAGGAGUAAUACAACAGUUCAUGUUUGUUGGCACAGAAAUACGUCUAUCAGUACUCGAGAUCAUCUCUUGGCACUUGAGAAUCAGCUUAGUGGGUACCUCCUGCGUAAGUUCAAAAACAGUAAUGGUUGGCAAAAGCUCUGGGUUGUUUUCACCAACUUCUGUCUCUUUUUCUACAAGACGUUUCAGGAUGACUUUCCUUUAGCCAGUUUGCCUCUGCUUGGUUAUUCGGUCACGUCACCGAACGAGAGGGAUCACAUCCAAAAAGAAUUUGUUUUUAAACUACAGUUUAAAAAUCACGUUUAUUUCUUCCGAGCCGAAAGUGAAUACACCUUCAAUAGAUGGAUGGAAGUAAUCAGCAGUGCUACUCAGCACUCUGGGCGAUUACGUCUGUUCAGCCGGAAGGAAAGUGAAACGGUCUCUCCACGUUUUUAAAUGUUGGGAUUCUGUCUGUCAACAGCGAUCCAUUUAACGAAGCCGAUUGCCAUGCAUGUUUUAUUUCCCAUCAACCCUCCUAAUUGACUCAAAAUAGUAACUAAUGUAUUGCUUUUUAAUGCCAAGCACAAAAGUACUGUGCAGCUAGAUGGCAAGCUAUCCAUAACCUUUUUUUAUUAUUACUCUGUUUUUUUUUUGUUUUUUUUUACUGCUUCGUAUGCUGGUUACCGAUUUUAGAAUCAUCUUCCUCCCCUAUUUUUCAUCUAACUUGACAAGUGUAUUGAUUUUUAAACGAAAUGGUGUAAAUAACAAAGGCCAUCGUUAAGGUGACAUAAAUACACCAGAUAUUCUCGAAA